AUGGAGAAGCAGAUCCUUCAGACAUACACCAUGCCCAUCUACAACCGCUUUCAGCUUGAGCUUCGGAAGAUUACAUCCUACAAUGUUCGUGACAUUGGUGUUACUGAACAAGGGAGCAUUCAUGAGGUUUUCCCAAUACAAGGAUCCGUGCGCGGGUACGGUAGGAGGAGUUAUCGUGUCGAUGCUGAUGUAGCUAAUGGAAUCUACAAUUGUGAAUGUUGCAAAAUUAACAGGGAUGGUAUCCUGUGCUGCCAUGCAAUGAAAGUUAUGACACAUCUAGGGAUGGUUACAAAAUACCCAGAGCACUACAUCCUACCCAGGUGGUGUCUACCCCCUCCCGACAUAGUUGCACCGCGGGAUGAGAGGCAAGAAAAGCCUGUUGGCCAGAAACUAUCUAGAAAAGAUAUGAGAUUGCUUAGAUAUGGUAACCUCUGCAGUGAUUUUGCCAAGCUUGCUGUUGGUUUAGCGGCCUCAGAGAAAACUAAUGAAAUAGCUGAACGGCACAUGAGAGCAAUGGAGAAAGAGAUGGCAGAUUUGAAAAAGGCUAAUGCUGAUGCACUCAAAAAAAGGAAGAGCGCCAAGCAUCCAGUAAACACCAACCCUGCUAAUGAUUCACAAGAAAGUGUACCUAUGGAAGAAGAUGCUGCUACUGUGGAGAAUCGGAAAGCUAGGAACCCACCAAUGUCAGCGACAAAAGGGCGCCCAGGUUCAAAAAGAAAGAAAGGUGGUCUACAGUUACAGAAACCAAAACAAGGUCUUUGUGGUGUGUGCAAGCAACCAGGUCACGAUGCUCGUACGUGCGAGGUGCGACUAGCAAACCCAGAGAAGUACAGUUUGUUGGGCAUUUUUCAUUGA